AUGAACCAGGACGGCACGAAGCGCAGACGCGUCAUCAAGAGCGGAGCCGAUGAGUUUCUUGAGCAAGUAGCUUGUGGGGAGGAUGAAGAUGACGAGGAGAUGGACUUACAAGAAAUUGCCAGUCACCAAAGCCCGGGACCAGAAGACGGGCUCCGCCUCGCCAGCCAUGACUUAUGGAGCGUGAACACGGAUCAUGCACGACCGAUUGAAGACCUGGAGGCCAAUGAUGGAGGGAGGAAACAAGAAAUUGGCAGCGCAGUAGCACUGCUCAUCGCCGAUACUGGCACGACUCGUGCGAAGUCACUCGUUUGGCCGUGGCCGAAACAAGUUGCCUUUUCCAGUACCAAACGAGGUCCAUUGUUCUGA